AUGGCUGCUUCUUUUCUCGUUGUCGGUGCCACAGGCAAUACCGGUCGCAGCGUCGUUGAGACCCUGUCGAACCACCUCAAAUCCAGCAAGACCUUUUCCAACUAUCGCAUCCUCGCUGUGACCCGUUCUGCAAACAGCUCGUCAGCAAAAUCACUCGCCAAAUUUCCUCACGUCGAGAUUGUCGAAUACACUUGGACGGAGAUUACUACGGAGUGGCUGCGCGAACACAACGUUGCUAGAGCCUUCAUAGCAUCACACAACGAGCCACCACAUUUCGCCGACGAGUCAACAUUCCACAUCGCAGCCCUUGGUGCUGGCGUCAAAUACGUUGUGCGCAUCUCCACGACAGCCGCAAACGUUACCCCAGACUGCAAGGCUUACUACCCGCGUGCGCACUGGGCGAUUGAGGCCAUGCUCGAUUCACCAGCUUUUGAAAGCAUGCACUGGUCUUCUUUGCAGCCAAAUGUAUUCUCGCAACUCUACCUUGGCACUGCUGCUGAGCUCAUCAAGACUGUCCGCAACGGCGGCAAGCAACAUACACUACGUCUGAUUGCAGACGCUGAUAGCCCGGUCGGUAUCAUCGAUCCCUCAGAGGUUGGCCCCUUUGCUGCACAUAUCUUGCUCCAAGACGACACUUCUGCGCACAACAAGCGCAGAUACGUUCUCAAUGGCCCUGAAGACAUCACGGGAAGCCAGAUCGUGGCGAUGGUUGAGAAGCAUAUUGGCGCCAAGGUUGAGGAUGUCUCGUUCAAAGAUGUCGGGUUCGUAGACGAUAUGGCUGCUGCGUCUAGCUACUCCAAGAACGUGAUUCUUACUAUCAAGCAUGCUCCAGACACGGCGUGGCAGGGUAAGGCGAAGGCGGAGACGACAAGCAAGGAAGUGCUGGAGAUUGCUGCGCCGAAGAAAACACCCACUGAGGUGAUGGAGGAGCUUUUACAGUAG